CUCUGGUUUCUCUGUCUGUCAAAUUAUUUAGCUAGCCAAUGUUAGCUAGUUAGCCGGUAUGACACUUAAAGGACUGACGAACAGCUGAGCAGUUCAGCGAUACAUACGCUAGGACACACGUUAAUAUCGCUCUUAAAAGCUCAUUGUAAAGCUCUCUGACAAAUACGCGAUCAACUUGCUACACAACUGACUUUCCAAACGUCGAUGGCAAUCAAACUCUUCGCUUCCUUCAUGAAAACAGCUAACUUUUGGAUGGCCAGUACAGCUCUUGUCGUGGGAUCUACAUAGAAAGAGGGACACCAUUCUGAACCUCUGGAUGAGUAAUGAACUUAAACCCCUUCUGGAGCAUGUCUUCCAAUUCAAGUCGUAAGCAGAGAACUGACAGCGAGGAUCAGAGUGGACACAGUGAGCAGAGAGCCAGCCCAGCCCGGCUGCCCUUUGGCAAAAAGCAGCUUCCGCCCAUUCCUAAGAAUGCAGCCCCCGUUACCAAGCCUGCGUCAAUGGGCACCCCGGCCCAGUCGUCCAACGGCACACACGCUUCAUACGGCCCUUUUUACUUGGAGUACUCUCUGCUGGCUGAGUUCACACUAGUGAUAAAGCAGAAACUCCCUGGAAUUUAUGUCCAGCCAUCUUACAAAUCGGCACUAAUGUGGUUCGGGGUCAUAUUCAUCAGACAUGGCUUGUACCAGGAUGGAGUCUUCAAGUUCACUGUGUAUAUUCCAGAUAACUAUCCAGAUGGAGAGUGUCCUAAAUUAGUAUUUGACAUCCCAGUCUUCCAUCCUCUUGUUGACCCGGUGUCUGGAGAGCUCGAUGUCAGAAGGGCUUUCACCAAAUGGAGACGGAAUCACAACCACAUUUGGCAAGUCUUGAUGUAUGCCCGUACAAUUUUCUACAAGAUCAAUACCACGGAACCACUCAACCCAGAAGCGGCUGUGCUAUAUGAAAAGGAUGUGCAGCUGUUCAAAAGCAAAGUGGUGGACAGUGUGAAAUUAUGCAACAGUCAUCUUUUUGACCAGCCCAAGAUAGAUGAUGCGUACGCAAUAAGUUUUUCUCCAUGGAACCCAGCCGUUCAUGAGGAGGCGAAGGAGCGGAUGUUCACUCACAAAAGACGGCCCGAGGACGCCCACAAGGGAGCGCCGGUGUCCGGGCUGUCCUGGGUGAAGCCCGGCUCGACCCAGCCCUUCAGCAAAGACGACAGUCCUCCCCAGAGCUGAGCCUGCACCUCCGAUGCAGCAGCAGCCGCCGCCAGAGGGAGGCCGGUGCGUCCACAGCUGCUGCUUCACGUGAAGUGGAUCUUUAAACAGUUGGGAGAACUUUGAGUUUAAAUCUCCACGUUUAUUGCUUGGCUUUAAAAGCUUUUGUAGGCAUCACCUGGAACAGCUUUACAAUAAGGAAUCAAAGUUGUAAAAUCAACGAUGACAAACGGAUGUCCCAGCAACCGCGUUUAGGCUGUGAUGCAAUCAAAGAGCUUUUGUCAAGUUAGAUUUUCAGAGCUGUGCACAUCUUGGGCUCGGUGAUCUAACAUGCUGUCCCCAAAAAGGAGCUGGAAAGUAUGAUUAAAGCAUUCAUACGGUAAGUAUAGAGGACUACACCAUCUCUACCACUUAUUGGGUUUGGCUCAGGACUGUUUUAUUUGUCAGACUAGGAAUGUUGUCAGUCACUUCUGUGUGAAACGAAACCUCAUAAACACCAUCCCCACCCCAUGACCAGUUAGAUUGACGUAUGUUGUAUAAGUGUUUCUUAUUGGACAAUGAUUUAUUCUUAAUGCCACUGUCUCGCAUAGUUCCAAAUAUAACUCUAUAUGAAUAAAUAAAGCAGAGGAGGCAAGGAGGUUUUAAAUGAGAUGCUAAAUAUCUAAACUUCUUUCAUUUUAUUUUGAAUGUUUUCUGUACCUUGUGGGUUGUAUAUAAUGGAUGCUGUGCUUAGUUUUGACUUAAGAACUGUGUGAAUUGCCGCUUAGGUUGAUUUUUUUUUUUUUUUUGGGGGCAAAUGUUAUUGUUUGUCACAAGUUAGUUAUUGCAGGAUUCCUGCCAAAGUCUAAAGGAAAGUCAGAUUGUAUUUUAAAUAAGGUUUUAAGUAGUCAAAUUACCACCAAAUUGCUUUUUGUCCAGUUACAAUCAUCAACCUUUUCCAUUGCCAGAUAUAUGUUGUGUUUUAUGUAACGUUUUAAUCUGUAAAGGGCUUAAUUGCUAGUAAUAAUGCCCAGUCACUUUCAAUAUGCAAAUAUUUUAAAACUAAGAGUGUGGGAAUAGGAGGGUAUUUUUAAAGUUUGGGGGGGGGGGGAGGACUGUAUCAGAAUAGCAGAUAUGGUGCUGAAACCGUCAAAUCUAUUUAUAACAACUGUGGAAAGG